AUGUGGGAGAUGAAUAUUAGUUGCAUUAAGGAGACCGCUAGAGAGGUAUUAGGUAUCUCAAGAGGUCGAUCUGGCAAACAUCGAGAAGAAUGGUGGUGGAAUAAAGAGGUUAGAAGAAAGGUGGAGUCUAAGAAGGUGGAUUAUGCUAAGUUGGUUGGGAGAAAGGAUGAUGAGGAUAGGCAGAAUAAUGAUGAAGAGUAUAAGGUAGCUAGAAGAGAGGCUAAGUUAGUAGUUACGACGGCUAAGACAGCAGCUUUUAAGAGUUUGUAUGCAGCUUUAGAGGAGAAAAUAGAGAUAAUAAGUUGUAUAAGAUGGCUAAGGCUAUGGAGCGGAGGGCUCGUGACCUUGACCAAGUGA